GCGUGUUCCCCCCGGGGCCCUCCCCUCAGCCCGGCAGCCAUUUUGGGCAGCGCUGCGGCGGGCAGGCGGGCGGCGCUUGGCGCCCUCUGUCGGCUCCGCGGAUGCGCUGUGAGGGGGGGGAGCGGCGGCCAUGGGCUCCGUUUUUGUCACCGUAGGCACCACCAGCUUCGAUGACCUGAUCGAGACCGUCUGCUCCCCGGAGACCCUGCAGGUGCUGCAGAACCGCGGGUACCAGAAGCUGGUGCUGCAGGUGGGACGGGGUGCUCUGGAGCCGGUACCGGGAAGCAUCCAGGCCCUGGCGGUGGAAGUUUUCCGCUUCAAGGAUUCGGUGGCCGAGGAGCUGCGGAGGGCGGACCUGGUGAUCAGCCACGCAGGUGCAGGUAGCUGUCUGGAGACUCUAGAAGAAGGGAAACCACUGAUAGUAGUAAUAAACGAAAAGCUGAUGAACAACCAUCAGCUUGAACUGGCAAAACAGCUCCACAGAGAUGGGCAUGUCCUGUAUUGUAAUUGCAGCACUCUUGUGGAGACACUGCAGUCAAUGGACUUGUCAACUUUGAAACCUUUUCCUCCUGGACAUCCAGAGAAGUUUGCUUUGUUUUUGGACAAUGUUUUUGGGUUUCAAUAAACAAUUCAGAGGAA